UUUGCACGUUUUACACACAACUUCCUAAAUGGCAGGAAAAACUCACUAUUUUCCAUUCAUUCGAUGACUGAGGCAUUGCAGAUACGUUAGGCACGUUAUGGCGUGACUACUUUAUUUAUGUAAUAAACACUUAAACAUUUUUCCACGUUAUAAAACCUAUCGUACCUGAUUUUAAAGAUAUCAUUUAAAAAAGAAAAAAAAUUGAUUUUUUCAAAAUUCUACGGUGACCUUAGCCCUCAAAGUGAAAGUAACACAUAAGCAGGGAUAAUUUGAAUAAAAAAGUAUCGGUUUCAACGAAAUGUAAAAACAAAAUACAAGUUAAUUGUUCCUUUCACUAGUUUCCACUGUAAAUGCAAAGUGGCUACCUUUCCUCUUGGGUUCAGUUGUUCUUAUUGCAACUCAUUUUCCUUCAUUUUUUACUACGCUGGUCAGACAAGAUGCUCGCGAGUUCGUUUCGAGAAAUAACGAAAUUGCCUGCGUUUUUUUGUGAUUCAAGUGACUUGGUGCACCAGAGACACUUUGUGUACGUACGCAAAACGGAAGGUACCAGUUUUUUCGUGGGCGACCACCUAUAAACUCGCAUGGCUGCCUCAAGACGCUCUGGCAGGUUUCACGGUCGGCCUGACUGCCAUUCCCCAGGGUAUCGCUUACGGUAUCGUCGCUGGAUUAAGUCCUGAGUAUGGACUGUACGCAUCCUUCAUGGCGUCGUUCAUCUACAUUAUCCUUGGUUCGUGCGAGAACAUUACCAUCGGGCCUACAGCUAUCAUGGCAACAAUGGUACAGCCAUUGGUGGCAAAUUACGGUCCCGAUAUAGCCGUGUUACUCGCCUUUUUGAAAGGCUGCAUCAUCGCGGCUCUCGGGGUGCUUCACCUGGGUUUCUUAUUAAAUUUCAUUUCGCUGCCGGUAAUUGUUGGCUUUACGGCGGCCGCAUCGAUCAACAUUGCCGCCUCGCAGUUCAACUCUUUGUUGGGUAUUCCCGUCAGAAGCGAAGAUCUUGUAGAUGCCUUGCAGAAAGUGUUCAGGAAUCUCGAUAAGAUCAGAUACCAAGACACGGUGUUGAGCAUCGGAACGGUUGUUGUCUUGGUUGCACUCAAGAAUUUACCUGGACGACGAACUGGCACGUGGCAACAAAAGAUUGCGUGGGCGGUGACUCUGGCGCGUAACGCUUUAGUGGUCAUCGUAGGGACAACUAUAGCGUAUAUUUUUUACGCGAACGGACAAGAACCUUUCAGGUUAACUGGAACGAUGGGCGAAGGGUUGCCACCGUUUGGCCCACCACCCUUCUCGAUUACUCACAAAAAUCACACGUAUGAUUUUGUGGAAACGGUAUCGGCGAUGGGAACGACGCUUUUCUCCAUUCCAGUGGUAUCUACCAUCGAGCAUAUGGCGAUAGCGAAAGCUUUUGGUACGGUAUAGGUUAAAACUGUGUAAGUAAUUGGUGGAACAAAUGUAGCGAUCCGUUCGUAUUAAUCGAAAUGAAUGAGUUAUAGUAACACUUGUGUUUUGGUUGUAGUCGGUAACGAUAAAUAGUAAUACAUGUUAAAAGAAAGAUUUAGAACUUUCAGAGCAAAUAGUACUGGUCAAAUGGAGGAAGAAAAUCCUACUAGACAUGGAUAUAAACAAUUAUUUUCGGUAUUAUAAAUGGUAUUAUUAUCAGUUUCACUAUUUACUCGCCUUUGAUUGCAAAUUUUUUUAUAUAAAAACGACGGACCUUACUAUUCCUUCUGUUGAUGUUCUAUUAAUACUCCAAAAAUAGUAGGGGUUUAUUAGAAUUUUUUCCCUUUAUUUCACGAGCACUAUCCGCCCUGAAGGGUCUGAAGUAGGGGUGUACGGAAUCCCGGUCGGGACGGGAAUUCCUCCUGAGAUCGGGAGGGAAUCCCGAGAAUUUCAGAAUCCCGAAUACAUCCGAGAUUCCUAUGAAUUUCCUGGAUCCCGAAACCAUUCGAGAUUCCCGAGAAUUUCGAGGUCCCGUAAAUUUUCGGGAUUCCCGGGAAUUUCGAAAUACCGUACAUUCGGAUUGCUGAAAUUUUCAAGAAUAACAACACUUUCGGAAAUCCCAGAUAUUAUUCUGUAUCCCGUACAUUGUCGGGAAUCCCGAACACUUUCGAGAUCCUGUAUAUUCUCGGGAAUCCCGGAUUUUUGCGGGAUCUCGUGUAUUCUCGGAAAUCUGGAAUCAACUCGGGAUCCCUCAUAAACUCGAGAAUCCCGAAUAUUUUCGGGAAUCCCGCACACCCCUAGUCUGAACCCUUUCUUCUUAACAUCUUGUGUAAACACUACAAUAUUCGUUUUCGGUUUGGCGACAUGUAAAGUUAUACAAUAAAAUUCAGAUAAUCCGACACACAAAACUCAGCUAUAAUCGUGUUUUUUAAACGACAUUUAGCAAUUAUCACGGGUUAGAUUCUCCACAAACGCCAUUCGUUCACGUGGCAUUUACGUAACAUUGUCGAGCACACUUUAAUUAAAUUGGCAAUUGAUCCUCACUUUUGUAUGGCAAU